GCGGCAGGUUUAGAUGGAUGGUUGUUUCGAUAACAGAUGGGAAGUCAAAGGUUCAGUUUACAUAGGAACAGGAAUGUCUCGUCUUGGAAAUUCCGUUUGGCUCCAUCAAAAACCGCUUUACUGCCUUCUAGAUAGAGGCGUGAAAACUGGAUUGAUUCUGUUGAAUAGGCCCCUUAAAGAGCAUUUGCCUAUCUUGAAACAUCUGUGGAAAAACUCGGUGAUCAAACUUUGUGCAGAUGGAGGACUGAAUAGGCUGCAUGAUGCAAUUGGUGAAGAUUCUGACAGAUAUAUACCUGAAAUUAUCAGUGGUGACUUUGACUCCGCAGUUUCUGACUUGUUAACUCAUUAUAAAAGUAAGGGUUCCAUGAUUGUUCCAACGCCAAGUCAAGAUGAAACUGAUUUUACCAAAGGACUACAUGUAAUGUGUCAAGCCUUAAAAGAAAAGAAUAUGCAGGAAGAGUACAGCUGCAUUGUGGCUUUGGGAGCUUUUGGAGGCCGACUAGACCACCUCAUGUCAAAUAUCAACGCACUUUACACUGCAGCAGAAACACAAGAUAAACCUUGUUAUCUAAUGUCAUCAACAGAAAUAACUUGCCUUUUACAAUCUGGUUCCCAUAUUCUUCAUUUAGAUUCGGGAUUUGAAGGUGAUUGGUGCGGGCUAAUUCCAGUUGGCAAUCCGGCUGAAAAAGUUUAUACCCAGGGCUUAAAGUGGAAUUUAGAUGGACAAUCCCUGGCAUUUGGGUCUCUGAUCAGCACCUCGAAUCAAGUCGUAAGUAAAGAAGUGAGAAUUGAGACAACAAAUCCACUCCUUUUCACACUUGGGAUAAAUUACAAAUAAGAUAUGAAUAUUAUAUAUAAACAGGGGUGCCGUGGAGGGGGGUUCGGAGGCUCAGCCAAAAUUCAGAGAGUUUUCUGGAGGGCUCAGCCUCCAUCCCACCGAGGUUUUCCGUGAAAUAGUGAUUUCCUAUCAAUCCUUUUGUGUCGGUAAAUAGUUCGGAUGAUUUGAUAUGUAGAGAAUCUUUAACGUUUGGGUGAAGGCAUGGGUGUGGCUUCUAGAAGUAGCCCACAACACUGCCCCCUUCUAUCCUUUUAGGACGGCACCCCUAUAUCUAAACAUAUUUAGACGGAAAAUCAGCUUGGCUUACUUAUGUAACCAUUGGAAAUAUUCUAAUCAUAUUUAAAAUAUGCAGAGGUAAUUAACGAGCAAAUUUUAUGAAAUUAAACAAUUCUCGAUUUUGUAUUGUCUGUUUAUGCAAAAUUUUCCCUUAUUGUUUAGUUGGUGCAAUGUAUCUCUUUUUGGGAUUGAAAUCAAAAGCAAAUUUAAUCACACACCUUGCAUACCAACUUGAUUUCAAACCAAGCAUGAGCAAGCAUCGAGGAAAGCAUAAGCCAAUGUGCCACCUCCUAAUCAUGGAUACAUGGACAUGAAGUCCCAUCAUGGACACUGGACAGUCCUUUUUUUCUAAUGCCAUGGCAUCGAUUGAAGUAAACGAAACAUGGUGCUGCAAUUUUCUCCAUUCUUUCUUCCAAAAAUAUCGCCCAACUGUUUCCUGCUAAUUUCUUCACCGUGCUGUCUAAAAUGCCUGCCAAAAGUACUUGGAACACCCAGCAAUUCGCAUUGUAUUUCAUAUCUUUCAUUCCUUUUCCGAAAAAAUUACUACUCCCGCCCCCUUCCCCCUAAAACAAUGUUGAUAAUUUAGAGAACUAUCCUAAAAUCCUAACCGGUUUUAUAGUAAACCAACAUUUUUCCUUGGGGAAGAGGGGGAUGAUUGAUUUUGACCAUGGAAAAUGACAUCAGUGUUCCAAGACUUUUGGCAGGCAUUGUAACGAGCAUGAAUGAUAGGCAGUGGCGUAGCGUGACCUUUCUCGCUGGGGGAGGAGGAUGUGAGAGAUGCAAACCAUAUUUUACCGACAGAAAAUCUUUUGUAAAUUCACCGCCGAGUUCUCUGAAAGUUGGGGGCCACGCUACGCUACGCCCCUGAUGGUAAGCAAGGGCAGGGUUAGGUUUCGAAAUAAGGGCUUUGAUUUCUGCCAUUCUAUAGAACAUAAAGGGUUCUUAAAAUUUCCUUCUGAAACUUAGUGUAUCUUUAAAAAAUUGUGGGGAGGGAGGCUCAAGCUUCUUCUGCCCCGAUUCGUACUUUUCUGAUUCUACUGACAGCUCGUUUGGAUUGUUUUUAUGCCUGUUAACCGUUCCUCUUAAUAUACAAGGCGGCUAGUGGCUUUCCUGAAAUGAGAUGAAUGUUCAUCUCAAAUAUUUCCUUCGCUACUUUUAAGGUGUCCGGCCCUCGAGAGAUGCUACUUCAGAUUUUAGGGGCGAAACACUCCUUAAAACUCGAAUAGUCUAAAGAAACUUUCAACUUGCAUGGUCGAAAAUCCUCAUUCUGAUAGUGUCAUUUUACUAGUGAAAAAGAUGCAUAAAAAGCAGCCAUCAUAGAUGUCGCUGUGAGGAUUAAUAAAGUUUUUUAAAUUCAUUUCCCAAAACAGUGAAAAUAAUGUGAUUGAGAAAACGUCACUAUUCCACGGAUGUGAGCCGGAGGAAGGUUAUCUAACGAUGCACUAGUUUCGACUUGGAGGAAUGCCUAACGGAACUUUUAUUUUUUUUCUGACAAAGCGCAAAAACGAAACCAUACUCGAGACGACUUUACUUAAAUUUCAUUUUAAACGACUUUUGUUCAAAAGAUACAAGACGGAUUACAAAUGGCGUCCAGAGGAAGGUUGAGGCGUUGUCUGAACUCUGGAUUAUUGCAUUAAAAACAAUUCUUAAAAACAAUUCAAAAAUAAGAUGUUUCUAAGACAAUCUCUGACUCAAUAUUUUGAGUCUCCAUCUCAGCAGAAAAAUUAUUUCUCUUCACCGCUGUUCUUAGUGCUUCUUCCCAACAGCGCUUUCUAGCAUGGUUACCAGAUUGUUCCUCAGAUUAAGACAAAAUUACAGCACUCCCUAGUGGCGGCGCCAGCUGCUGCAGAGUGGGAGGGUAAUGGGUGUUACCCGUGAGACCACGCCCUAUUGGCCUCGUUUCAGUGAUUUGUAUAAGGUCAAAUUUCCUUAGGAAAUAUGAUCUACCCCUACCCAGUACUUUUUAAUCUGUUUUUAGACGAAAUAUGUAGACCAUGCUUCGAUAAAAGUGGGGAGGUAAUUACCCCCCCAUACCACCCCUUGGCGCCGCCACUGGCACUCGCAGUCCUUUAAUCGUCAAAGUAAAGUUCAAAAUCUCUCCAAACCCUAUCUUAUUAGCAUUGUAUUGUUGAAAUGUCCAUCUUUCGAAGAUACAGCUCUAAAGAUACAAUGUGAAUAGUUCUAAAGUCUAAGAAGGUCAUAGAUAUUAUCCCUGAGACAAGUCAGAACCUCAAAAAACACUUCCCGUGCUCAUCCUUACUUAAUCUUUUUGCAAAUUCAGGAAUUUUGUCCCACAACUUGUCUCGUCUUUCCUUUCCAGAGCUUGUAAACUUAUGAAAGCUUUAACCUCUUCUUGCUUCCUUGCGUCCUAACCUAAAACCUGUUUUUUCAAAACUAAGGUCAACAGCCUGGAUUCCCCUUCCCACUGGCGGCGCCAGUCACUACGCUCUGGGAGGGACAAAACAAAAAAAUGUAGUCCACGCCCUUUUAGCACUAGAAAACGCCCUUUUGCAAACAAGGAAGGCCAAUUUUACCUAAAAGGAACGUCCAUAACUAACUUUUGCCUAUGUAAAGGCAGUUUGAAAAUCAAAGGAUGACAUCAAAAAAAGUACGUUGCCAAAAUAUUACCCUUCCCCCAAAAUUUUCUCAUCGGAGAAAAUACAAAAUUGAUCCUGCCGAGAACUGGGGGGACGUGUCCCCCCAGUCCCUCCCGUGGCGCCGCUUCUGCGCCCUUCCCCUCUUCAUAGCUUCAAUCUAUUUUAAAACGAUCUCAGGGACCAUUUGUCAGAAGAUAGACCUGUGUGUUAUUUCCAUUCAUCUUUGCACUGUGAAAACUAUCUUAGACAAGCAUAAAUUGGAGAUAGCGCAUAUUUAACGGGCGGCUGUUCGAAGAAGGCGAGGUAACAUUGAUUGGACCAUUUAGUUGGAGUAAUGACUAUUUUGCCCUUCUUUACCCAUUCUUGGCCUUCAAUUUCGAGUUUCUCUCCGUUUUCUCUAACAAGUUGCUACACAACUAAAGAUGAUCUGGGCAUUCUCGUAGUCAAUCAAGUCUAUGAUGAACCUAGACACACAUCUUUACGACACCAACCCCGCUCCAAGAAACAAGACUCCCUGCAUCCCUGCUCAGCCAUAAGCACCCUUCUGCGGAGGACAACGCUACUCCCUCUUCUAUUUGAGUGACACCGUCACAGCCGUCACAAUUUUGCACCCUUACUUUUGCAACGUUCCUUUCAAUCUACAAUUUUUCAAAGAAACGGAAAGUAUCACUUGAGACAAAACGUCUUCAAAGAGAUGUGAAUACACUUUCUAUUUGACUUUUAAGAAAGUAAAUAAUAAGAAUUGAUACGAUCGAGACCUGAAUUCAAAAAAUUUAUCUAAUGGUCCCUUGGCCUGACUGACGAAGCUGUAUUUCAGAAAUUGAUAGUAAAACACUUUAUAUAUUUUCCCUUAAUGUCUGCUAGAUAAACAUGUUGGACAAUUUGAAACAUGUAGAUUGGUUAAAUUGGUUAGAAAUCCGCUGAUCCACGCCAAGUCAAGAAUAUCCUUAGGACCAGAGCCAUUAAGUGCAUUCAAGCGGUUUUUUACCCUAAAGUGUUAUCAAAUUAUCAAAACGAUCCUAAUUCUGGC